AUGUCUCGCCCCGCCUCCUACAGCGACCACUACGUCGACCAGGACACCCUUCCCCUCUUCAACCAGCCCCCGCCGCCCGUCCCCGCAUCCCAUCCCUACUCGCCCUACAGCCCCUCCGCACGCCGCCCUCCGCCUAUGGCCACAAAUAGGCCACCAAGCCAGCACUCGCAUCUCCCCUACGUCCAGCACCCGCAGGAGCAGCGUGCUCGGGACAACUCCGACUUGAUGCCCUCUGCUACCGACUAUCUCGCGAGGAGUACGAGCCUGGGGAGGAAGAAGGAUCCGUUUGCGUACAGGAGUGACGAUGUGGAGAGCGGGUUUGGCAGUAUGGACAUUAUGGAUGGGCAGGGCCAGCAGGGCCAGCAGGGGUUCACGUUCCCUGCGCAGAGGGAGGCGGUUGCAUCUCCGGGAAGCGGGACAUAUGCCCAGAUGAACCCGCCGCCUGUGCCAGCGCACAUCAUCACCGGCCGACAGGCGACUCUGCCAGACCACCCGUCGCCGACCGCGACUACCCACGCCCAGCAACCAGUCACGCCUUCGUCCUAUACCCACCCCCACAACCCCUACAUUCCCUCGCGAUCCUCUGACCCUGGCCCCUCAGCUGGUGCAGUCAGCACGGCGCCGCCUCCGGUGGACCCAUACCACCCAUCAGCCGCUGGUGGAGCGCAGUGGACAGACUAUCGUAGGCCGAGCCAGACUCGCAUGGCGUCCACAAGCUCUUUCGCUUCACAUGGCUCCGGAGGCUUGAGCCCCUACUUGACUGCCAAAGACGUGCACGAGCAGAGCCCGCUCCACUCGCCAUUGUUAAACCCUUACGACGCCGCAUCCCCCACGUCUCAAAGCCACUGGUCGACUUCGCCUGCUAUCCAUGCUCCGCCGCAGAACAAUCAGCCGCCACAGGCGCCUUCAUCCCCGCGCUACAAUGCCGGGUCUCGGCCCCAGGCUUCUCCUGUCGGCGGGCGUCCACCGCCUGUCGGCUCCAGGCCCAUCUCGACUGCAUACACACCUUCCCUGAAUCCGUCAACUCAGCUCUACCCUUCGUCUCAGCCGGUCACUCCUGCAGGCAAGUAUGAUCCGUCGAUGCCCCCGCCCAAGAUCUUCCCUCCGAGGACGGCGAGUGGGGCUAGCAGCCUUAGUACGGGUACUGGGACGACUGGGAGCGGUAUGAUGAGUCGGAGUACGAGUGCUGGCGCAGGGAGCGAGGAUGGGUUCAGAGAGGUGAAGGGGUGGAGCGAUUUGAGGGCAGUCGUCAAUAGCCAGCCCAAUGGGAGGAGGGCGGACCCGGAUUGCCCUGGCAAGUGGUUGAGCCCUCUGAAAUGCCUUACAACUGGCCUUGCCGAGACAUAUACCCUCUCCAACCCCAACUUUCGCUACGUCACCUCCGACAACCCCCGACGUGUCCUUACCAAGCCUUCCAAGCCCGCACACAAUGACGGCGCAGACAAUGAAGACUGGGACUACAUCCUCUAUGUCAACGACGUCCUGGGCGGGGAGGAUGGCAGGGAUCGGUAUAUCAUCUUGGAUGUGCUUGGGCAGGGAACGUUUGGGCAGGUGGUCAAGUGUCAGAAUAUGAGGACGCAUGAGAUUUGCGCCGUCAAGGUCGUCAAGAACAAGCCCGCAUACUUGCAGCAGAGUAAGAUGGAGGUGGCUAUUUUGGAAUUGCUCAAUACCCAACAUGACCCGCAAGACCAACACCACAUCCUCCGGAUGCAAGACUCUUUCACCCACAAGCACCAUCUCUGUCUUGUGUUUGAAUGUCUCUCGUCCAACCUUUACGAGCUCAUCAAGCAGAAUCAGUUCAAGGGGCUGAGCACGCAGCUGGUCAAGGUGUUUACGCAGCAGCUGUUGGAUUGUAUGGCCGUGUUGAAGGAGGCGAGGUUGAUCCAUUGCGAUCUCAAGCCUGAGAAUAUCUUGUUGAAAUCUCUGCAAUCGCCUCAAAUCAAGGUCAUCGACUUUGGAUCGGCCUGCCACGAGAUGCAGACCGUCUACACCUACAUCCAAUCCCGAUUCUACCGAUCUCCCGAAGUCCUCCUUGGUCUCCCCUACUCUACCUCUAUCGACAUGUGGUCCCUCGGCUGUAUCGUCGUCGAGCUCUUCUUGGGACUGCCGCUCUUCCCUGGAACAAGCGAGUACAACCAGGUCAGCCGAAUCGUAGACAUGCUUGGCAACCCUCCCACGCAUCUGCUCGAAGUGGGCAAGCAGACGCACGAGUUCUUCAACAGGACGACGGACGGGUACGGGCGAAAUGUCUACAAGCUCAAGCCCAUGCAGCAGUAUGCGGUGGAGCAUCGUACGGAUGAACAGCCGAGCAAGCAGUACUUCAAGCAAACCAAGUUGAAGGAUAUCAUCAUGGAGUACCCUAUGGGGAAGAAGACGGAUGUCAACAAGGAAAUUGCCACGCGAAAGUCGUUUGUGGACUUUGCUGAAGGUCUUUUGAACAUGGAUCCUAUCAAGAGGUGGUCACCUCAGCAGGCCAUGAAGCACCCCUUCAUCACCGGCGACAAGUGGACCGGCCCUUGGCAGCCCGAUGCGACCACUACGGCCAAGAAGCCCGAUCCCUCCCCCGAGAUCCCUCAGCCUCCCUCAUCUUCUUCCUCCACCCCCAACAAAAAGUACGGAGGUCUCGUUCAAACUCCCCAGAGCUCCCGGUCCCAGCGCGUCUACUCGGAUGCGGCGGCUUACAACCACCAGCUCGCUCAGCACCAAUCCUACACUGCCUCGGUACAGCAGCAGCAGCAAGCUGCCCAGGAGGCUGCGAGUCGAGGACCAUUCUCGCCUGGGUACCAGCUGUCCCCCGGGCAGUCGGUCAGUGCCGGGUACGGGCACCAGAGGGUCGACAGUCAGCAACUACCCCCGGCACACCAGCAGCCUCCGAUGCAGUCUGGGCGUCGAUCGAGACAGAGUCAGAGCGGACAGUGGUCUAUGCCGCCUCCUCAGGGGUAUCAGCAACAGCGAAUGCCAUCCCUCAGCGGUUCUGCUUCCCACGCUUCGUUGCGUGCGGCGCAGCAGCCGCCACCGCCACCUUCAAUUGUCUCCAACCCUCCGCCCAACUCGUACUAUCCCUCCUCGCGCACGAGAGCAAACACCAUCAACCAAAUGGAUGCUAUACCACCCGCUCUCGCUCGGUUGGUACACUUUGGUGCUCAGGAUCCUAACGGGUCCAGAAACACGUUGACGCCCGUUAUGAACCGAGACGAAGCUAUCAGGGAAUGGGAGCGGAGGCAUCAAGGUGGGAUGGGCCACAACAAGCAAAACUCGAUUGCCGGGCCGGCGUACCAACAGCUAGAGUACCUGCAGGAGCAAGCCGAGUUGGCUGCGAUGCAAGGGCAGAACUGGAUGCCUUAUCCUCCUCAUUCGGGGCAUCACCAGCCCCCUCAAGGCCACCAUCCUCAACAUGGCGGUGGACAUCAUCGACAGAACCCAUCGGGUCAGUAUCAGAUGCAGCCUCACAUUGGUAUCUCCCCUCCCAACCCGUCCGACUACCGUCCCCGGCCCACGAGCGACUAUGACCCUCCACUCUCGGCACCUUCUUCUGCUGGAGGCAGCGGGAGCAACCGAAACUCGGCCACUGCUCAAGGCUAUGGUCUUCCCACCUACCCUCCUGUUGCUGCUAUAACUGGCGGGUCUUCUGCCGGCGGCACGGGCCAGUCUUUCGACGCGUUCGACCAGAGGGACGGCGGGAUGGGCAUGAUGUACACGCCACUACAACCGACGCAGGUCUUUGGGUAUCAGCAGUCGGCCCAGCCGGGGCCAGGUCAAGGGCCGGGCCCAGGGCAUGGUGGAGGACAUGGGGGUGGACAUGUGGCGAGGUCAAGUUAUUCGGGAGGGUAUGGCUCUGGCAACCCGUUUGGGCAGCCUAACAGUCCGAGAUACUGA